AUGGAUGCUUUGUCUCUUAAGGCAAUUUCUCCAUCAAAAUUGAAUAGAAAGUCCGAUAUGAGUGACCGUUAUGAAAAUAAAAGUACUGAAUUUAAGCUUCACACCAACAUCAAUGAAGAAGAAGAAGAGAGCAGUAUACGUUCAGAUGUUGUAAGCAAGAUGAAGAAUGAAAAAUUCCAUUUGGAAUUGGAAUUAGAGCAAAAGACACAUGAAAUCGCCAAACUAAGGGCCAUGCUUUUGCCAAAACAGACACCCCCGGCGAUUGACCUUAGGUUCACAACUCCUAGAAGAGAUCCCAUGUAUUACAAACCGGAAAAAGAAGUAAAUCCUGAAUUCGGAGACUUCAUAUCACAUUUCUCGUCUUCCUCCUAUGAUGGUAUUCGUAAUGAUAUUAACGAAACCUCCACCGUUGCCAGCACCACGAGUUCACGAAAGGAAAAAAACCAUAUGUUGUUCACUAGAAGCAUUUUGCCAUUUAUUAGAGACUCCAUUAGCAUUUACCAAAGUUCACACGUUCUAAACGGCGAAAUGGUUCCAAUAAAGGAAGAAUUCGACAACUUCUAUGACAAAAGUUUGAGUAAGGAAGAGAGGUGUGAGGUACUUUCCAAGGUAUUGGUUGGGAUUCUAAGGGUUCAACGUUUGAACGUAGCUGCGCUAAAUAGAGAGUUAGAGAUGAAAGCUGUUGACAGGAAAAUGGAUUACUUGGCUGCUUGUUUCUCAGAUCCCACAGAUUACGAUAUGCCCAAAAGUAAGAUGAUGAAGAGAAUCCGCAAUGAAAUGUUAAGUGUCAUAAUUUCUCUCUAUGGAGAAUUGCCUUCAAUGACAAACACAAAACCACAUUAUCAUGUAGAUACAACACAGAAGUCUUAUAAAACCAAGCAGAUAUUAAGAGAACAAGAACCAAAUAUUGGCCAAUUUGAACCAGAAAUUUUACCUAUUGGUUACACUACCUCUACCUCAAAGCCUUCAAGGUCUAAGAAGAAAAGAGUUAGGAACAUCAAGCUAACACCAUUCAAGACAACAUCACAGGAGAAUAUUGAUCCUGAUGAUGAUAUUGAACUAGAUCUCUCAGAUCCGCUUCAUAUGCUUCUAGCAGAAAGGCUUUCAGGUACAGACAUGGACAACACUAGUUCUCUGACAAACACCAUGUAA